CAGCAGGGGACGAGGGGCAGAGAGUCCGCGGGGUCUGCCCACUGUGUUGUUGUGGUGGUGAAGACGGAAGUGACAGCAGGACUGAGGACUUCCCACCGGUCCAGGAACUCAUUCCUCCUGGAGGCAGUUGCAGGAAUCACCCGCCGCCUGCCCAGACAUGUCGACCGCCUACAGAAACAGAAUACAGGAGUUCAAAGUCGCGCUGAGUGAAGAAAACCUCAACCUGACGACUCUGAGGGAACUUUGCUUCAAUGGAGUCCCAUUCGAAGGAGGCAUACGAGCACUUUGCUGGAAGAUCCUUCUGAAUUACCUGCCUCUCGAUCAGACGCUGUGGGAGUCGUUCCUCACGAAACAGAGGGACGUUUACUCCCAGUUCCUGAAGGAGAUGAUCAUCCAGCCUGGAAUCGCCAAAGCCAACAUGGGCCUGUCUAGAGAAGACGUGACCAUGGAGGACCAUCCUCUCAAUCCGAACCCAGACAGCCGGUGGAACAACUACUUCAAAGACAAUGAGAUUCUGCUCCAGAUUGACAAAGACGUGAGGCGACUGUACCCAGACAUGGCGUUCUUCCAGCGUCCCACCGACUACCCCUGCCAGCUCAUCCUGGAUCCUCAGAACGAUUACGAGACGCUGCGUCGACGAGUGGAACAAACCACCCUGAAGGCUCAGACUGUGAACCGCAACCGCAGCGGAGUCACCAACGUCAGUUCUCCCGGAAAGUCUCUGAACCUGUAUCCGUCCAAUGAGUACGAGGUUCUGCCCAACGGGAGCGAGGCUCACUGGGAGGUGGUGGAGCGGAUCCUCUUCAUCUACGCCAAGCUCAACCCAGGCAUCGCCUACGUCCAGGGCAUGAACGAGAUCGUCGGACCGAUCUACUACACCUUCGCCACGGACCCCAACAGUCAGUGGAAAGAACACGCCGAGGCUGACACCUUCUUCUGCUUCACCAACCUGAUGUCAGAGAACAGAGACAACUUCAUCAAGAGCCUGGACGACUCUCAGUGCGGCAUCACCUACAAGAUGGAGAGCGUGUACUCGAUGCUCAAAGACAAAGACCUGGAGCUUUAUCUGAAGCUGGAGGAGCAGAACAUCAAGCCUCAGUACUUCACGUUCCGCUGGUUGACCCUCCUGUUGUCUCAGGAGUUCCUGCUGCCAGAUGUCAUCCGCAUCUGGGACACGCUGUUUUCUGACGAGGGCCGAUUCCACUUCCUCAUCCUGGUGUGCUGCGCCAUGCUCAUACUCAUCAGAGAUAAUUUGCUGGCGGGAGACUUCACAGUAAACAUGAGGUUACUGCAGGAUUACCCGAUCUCUGACGUCCACACCAUCCUGACCAGGGCCAAAGAUCUGCAGGAGAACUCCUAAUCUGCUCCCUCUGGUGGUCCGGGGUGGAACAGCAGGUGGGAGCUCAAACAGAAACAUUAUGAUUGUGUCGGACGUGAUGAACGAAAGAGCCUGGAGAGAGAGAGAGAGAGAGAGAGAGAGACACACACACACACACACACACACACACACACACACACACACACACACACACACACACACACACACACCCACCCAGUGUUCUGCUUUUUAAUACUGGAGGAGGACACGCUCACACUUACUGCUUCCUCAAAGCAAGGAGGAGGACUUGCCUCUCUCACGUUGCAUUAUGGGAAACGGCUGCCCUCGCUCGCCGCCUCCUCUACCACGGAAACUCUGUGUGCUCGGAUGACGGUGACUGCAGCAAACAUCCGACGGAGGCGGAACCAAGUUGAACCUACGCUAAACUCACUGUCAAGACGUUUCUCUGGCUCGAGCCACGACGCAUGUUUAUGUUUCUUUAUUUUUUAAAAGCCGAACAUUUUUAAUGUAA